UCUGUACCCCGCGACUGAUUUGUCAUCGUUUUCUGAGCUUCUGUCAUUUUUGGUAAAGUUUGUUGCUGCUGUUUGCACUUUGCAGAAUCCACUAAAAAUAAGUGAAAAUGGCCACCGAGGUAGAGGAAACAAUCAAGAGAAUUCAAGCCCACAAAGGUGUUAUGGGCGUAGUGAUAGUUAAUCAUGAAGGCAUUCCCAUCAAAAGCUCUCUAGAUAAUGCAACUUCAGUUUUAUACGCGGGCCUAAUUGGACAACUGACUGAGAAAGCAAGGAAUGUUGUGCGGGAAAUGGAUUCCACAAAUGAGCUGACAUUCCUCCGUGUGAGAAGUAGACGUCACGAAAUACUAAUCGCUCCAGACCGAGAAUUCAUUCUUAUAGUGAUACAGAACACUUCAGACUAGGCACCCAUAGAACUGGACAUGAUCUAGCGUUGUGGUUUACUGCAAGGAGGUGAUUUGGAACAUGGAACAACUUGGGUUUGACGCAGACCAUCCUAUUUACAUUUUGUCACAAAUUAAAAAAAUGGUCCCAUUCAGACAGGGAACGGAUAAAAGUUGCACAACGUUUUUGACCUACAAGUUGAACUAUUGUUUCAAAAUGGCAGGCUAACUUUUAUCUGAGUGUGACUAAUUUGUGAAUUGGACAGUCUGCAUCAAACCUGCUUUUACAAAAUCUAAAAGGCAGUCUAAUAGGAAUAGUCCUUAGCAAAUAACAAAAAUGGUUUUGAAAAUGUUACAAUUAAUUGUUCCUCUUUCAUCUCAUGUGGUGAGGUUAGAUAAGUAAAAGUAUAGUUUUUACAUCAUAGAUUAUGUCAACAUUCAUACUUUCUGUAGUUUUGCACUAAAAAGCACUGUCUUGGAAUACACUUGCAAAUUGUCCACCUUCAAAGCCUAAACGAAAUGUUGGCAUUAGUUCUGUGGCUCUAUAUUGACAAAUAUUUCAUGGAGUAAGUCUCCUUGAAAUGAUUAUUUUUAAAUAAAUAUGAAAUAUUGUCAAAUAGUAAGUACCUACUCAGUAAGAAAUGUCUGUAUGCAUUAUAAGAAUAUCACCUUCAUAAGCUAAGAAAAAAAUGCAUGUGUGUAAGAGAUUAUACUAACAUCGUUGAAAUGAUUGGUACCUUCUCAUUUCUGUUAUGUAUGUAUAAGUGAAUUCGGUUAAGUAUAAAACUUUUUGUAAAGGAUAGCUAUAAGCCGAAAUGCAAU